AGUGUCUCGGGGCGCACCCCCCCCCCGCCGGGUCGCCGCCUGCCCUUUGUCUCCAGUUGCGAGGCGCAGGCUGGGCCCGUCUGGAAGGGGAGGCUGCGGGCCAAGGGGGGCCGAGGCGGCGGCGCUUUUCUAUUUACAAGUUUCCCGAACUCCCCGCCCUUGCUCCGCCCCCGGCGGCUCGGGGGGCGGGGAGGCCGGGCGCCUCGGACUCCGGGUUCCCGCCCGGCCGCUGCAGCCUCCGCCGGCGUGCGGGGGCGGGGCGAGCGCCGGGCCGUGUGUCCUCAGGUGCGGACGCUGCCCGCCGGGCACUGAUUGCGCCGCGGGCCUCGGGGGUCCGGAGGGCGCCCGGCUCGGAGCCCCGGUUUCCCCGCGUCCUGUGCGUCUCGGCUCCGGGGGAAGGAGGAGGAGGCGCUGCGGGGAACAGCAAAUCAUUACAACCUGAAAGCAUAUUAGAAAGUUUCAACUGUGCUAAAAGAAAAAAAUUUAGGAGAUACAGUUUUUCCUUUCCUUUCAUUUGAAAGGAUUUAAAGAAGAAAGAAAAUGGUAGCUGUUUAAAGUUAAUAUUCAGGAUGAAUGAUGAUAAUUCGGAUGAGAAAACAGAAGAUGAACUGCAAUCCUUACUUCUCAGUGAUAAAAAUGAAAAUAACUGUGCAUACAACCAAAAUUCCCCACAUACCCAAAACUCCUCAGCCGAUAAUGUGAGUUGGACCUCUGCCAUCGCGGAUGACAUGGUGGUUGAGUAUGAAGCCAUUUCUGCCGUGGACAUUGGUGAAACUAUUGCUUUAACUCCUCCAUGUGUUGAAGUGCUUCAUCACCAAAAGGCAUCAAGUGAGUCGAAUAGGAAGGAGGUGUUAGACAACCAUAAAGUCUCCACGUGUCAGUCUUGUGUGCAUGUUGUAAACGCAGAGGAGCCAAAGUAUCUGCCGAGCAGUUGUCAUUCCCUAGAACCAUUACAGGACCAGAGUGCCGAGACAUUGCUGCCUUUUGUGUGGAAACCCAACGAUGAUGAUUUGAACUCUCCAGACUAUCUUACUGCCUUGGAGAUAAACCAGACAUUUGACAUGACAGUGGAUAAUGUUAACUGCACCUUUGUAACACAUCAUGCCACUGGAAAGAGUCAGUCUUUGCAUACCACUGGAAAUCUGCAGCCUAGUGGUACGAGGAGUGGAAAUCCAUCUUUAUCCUGUUCAGUUCAUACAUCUCCCCAUUCUGAUAAGUUACAUGUGAGAGAAAUGAAUUCCCAUCAAGACAGCUUUGAAAACCCUCAAGCCACAGCAUCAGAGGCCCAAGGUACACCUUACACAGCAUUUCCUGAUAUGAUGCAAACUGAUACUCUUGUUCCAGAUCUUGUCAUUCAGUGUCCGUAUUCUUCAGGACAAGUCACCAGUGACCACGCAGAUGGGUCACAGCAAGGAUUAGUUGGCGAAAAAGAGAUACAAGCUCCAACGCCAGUUUCUGAGGGCAUGGAUGUUCCCAAUGGGGCUGUAUUACAAGAGUUCUUUUGUUUAUCUAAAGAUGAACCAAAUAGUGAGACACAUUCACAGGGUUCAUAUGGGCAAAAGGAAAUGAGCCAAAAUCUAAGAGAAACAGUGUCCAAUUGUCUUAUAGAUGAUGAAUGCCCUUUACUGGUGCCAGCUUUUGAUAAAAGUGAAGCCCAAGUGCUGAACCCAGAACAUGAAGUCACGGUGGCUGGAGAUACACACGAUGCCUCUCACGAAAAGGACUUGGAAACCCAAAAUCGUACCAUAGAAUUGAUAAUGACUAGCCCAUCAGGACAGAAGAUGGCUUCAUCAGUUGAACUGAGUUGGGAUGCCAAGGAUAUGGCUAUUAACACGAAUAAUACUGUUUGCAUGUCAACACCAGUCCUAGAACCGCCCAAUGCAACAUUUUCUAUUUCACCUAUUGAAGUGUCAGAGAAAUGUAGUAAAGCGGAGAAAAGUCAUCAAGAGCUUAGAAAUGUACCGAACUUGAAGGGGGCACCUAUGAACAUGUGUAAACCUAACCUAGGAAAAUUGACAACUAAAAUGAAUACUCCUAUAGGCAGCAAAGUUAGAAAAACUGAAAUUAUAAGUUACCCAAGACCAAACUUCAAGAAUGUCAAAGCUAAAGUUAUGUCUAGACCAGUGUUACAGGCCAGAGACCCUGCUCUGUCGAAGGUCACACCCAGACCUCAGUUAACCAGUGCCUCGUCACCCUUAUCCGUGUCGUCCUCAAGACAGUUGACAGCUUUGAGCAGAACACCAAGGCCUGACUUGAAUGCAGAUACAAAAGCAGAAAUCCUAAUUAACAAGACGCAUAAGCAGCAAUUUAAUAAACUCAUUACUAGCCAGGCUGUGCAUGUUACAACUCAUUCUAAAAAUGCUUCACACAAGGUUCCAAGAACAACAUCUGCCGUGAAAUCGAAUCAGGAAGAUGUUGACAAAGCAAGUUCUAAUUCAGCAUGCGAGACCGAGUCCGUGGCUACCUUUUUUCAGAAGAUGAAAGACAUACUCCCUGUUAAAAUGGAAAGUGCAGAAUGCUUGGAAAUAACAUACGCUUCCGACAUCGAUAGGAUUAACCCUGAAAAGAAGGGUGAAAAAGAAAAUGGGACACCUAUGGAAAAACAAGAACUAAAAAAGGAAGUUCUGAAUGAGACCUUUGAAUAUGGUUCUCUGUUUUUGGAUUCUGCUUCAAAAACUGCAGUCACCUCAGGUAGGAAUAUUUCCAAACCUGACUCCUCCAAUUUGAGGAAAACACCUGGUUCAAAAGCCAAAGUGGGGCCUUCUGCUUCCUGUUUGAGGCGGACUAGUGACAGUAGAAAUCUCAAUUCUGAACGGGCCUUAUCUCCUCAGAGGAUCAGGCGUGUGUCCAGUUCUGGGAAACCUACAUCCUUGAAAGAUGCACAGCCGUCUUGGGUGAAUUUGCUUAGACCACUUCCUAAACGCAAAACGUCUUUGAAAAGUUCUGCUCUGAGGAGGACAGGAAGCGCGUCCUCUGUUGCCAGCAUCCACGGUGAUCUGAGCACUUACAGCAAUAACUCCGGGAAUGCCACUGUCAUCAAGUAUGAGGAAAAACCUCCCAAACCAGCAUUUCAGAAUGGUUCCUCAGGAUCCUUAUAUUUGAAGCCUUUGAUACCCAGAGCUCAUGCCCACUUACUAAAAACUCCUUCAAAAGGUCCUUCAAGAAAAAAUCUGUUUACGGCUUUUAAUGUGGUUGAAAAGGGCAGACAAAAGAAUCCCAGAAGUUUGUGUACCCAGACCCAGACGUCUCCAGAUGUGCUGUCCUCUGAAAAAACACUUGAGUUGGCCCAGUAUAAAACAAAAUGUGAAAACCAAAGUGGAUUUAUCCUGCAGCUCAAGCAGCUUCUUUCCUGUGGUAAUACCAGGUUUGAAGCAUUAACCGUUGUGAUUCAGCACCUACUCUCAGAGCGAGAGGAAGCUCUGAAACAACACAAAACCCUAUCUCAAGAACUUGUUAACCUUCGAGGAGAGCUAGUCACUGCUUCAUCUACCUGUGAGAAAUUAGAAAAAGCCAGAAAUGAGUUGCAAAUAGCUUACGAAGGGUUUGUCCAGAAGCUAAACCAGCAGCACCAGACUGACCUAACAGAGCUGGAGAAUCGGCUUAAAGAAUUUUAUACAGGGGAGUGUGAAAAGCUCCAGAACAUUUACAUUGAAGAAGCAGAGAAGUACAAAAACCAAUUGCAAGAGCAGUUUGACAACUUAAAUGCUGCCCAUGAAACUUCAAAGCUGGAAAUUGAAGCUAGCCACUCAGAGAAAAUUGAAUUGCUGAAGAAAGCCUAUGAAAACUCCCUUUCAGAAAUCAAGAAAAACCAUGAAAUAGAAAAGAAAUCACUUGAGGAUAUGCUUUAUGAGAAGCAGGAAUCACUAGAGAAACAAAUCAAUGAUCUGAAGAGUGAAAAUGAUGCUUUAAAUGAAAAGUUGAAAUCAGAAGAACAAAAAAGAAUAUCAAGAGAGAAAGCAAACUUAAAGACCCCUCAGAUCAUGUACCUGGAGCAAGAACUAGAAAGCCUGAAAGCCGUGCUGGAGAUCAAGAAUGAAAAACUGCAUCAGCAGGAUGUCAAGUUAAUGAAAAUGGAGAAGCUGGUGGACAGCAACACAGCGCUGGUUGACAAACUGAAGCGAUUCCAGCAGGAGAAUGAGGAACUAAAAGCUCGGAUGGACAAGCACAUGGCAAUUUCAAGGCAACUGUCCACCGAGCAGGCUGUACUGCAGGAGUCCCUGGAGAAGGAGUCCAAGGUCAACAAGAGACUGUCCAUGGAGAACGAGGAGCUGCUGUGGAAGCUGCACAAUGGGGACCUGUGCAGCCCUAAGAGGUCCCCCACGUCCGCCACCGCCCCCUUCCAGCCCCCGCGGAGCCCCGGCUCCUGCCCCACCCCCGGCGUCUCACCCAGAUGACCCCUCCUGGCAGCCGGGAGACUGUCGGAAGCAUCUGUGACAGGCCUGCGGGACUGACCCCAACCACACUCGCGGGAGCACGCGCCACAGCGGCGGACGUGUAGGGACCACGCUGGAACUGGGCGGGCGCUGCCCCCGAGGCUCCUUCUGAGACUGGAACACUCUGGAGGGAGACUUGGACCCCGUCCAAGAGCCCCCUCCCCAAAGACCUCAGAACGGAUCCGCAAGGACGGACAGACGGACGCUGUUGCACAAAGCACUUAAGGAACAAGAGGGGCUUGUUCAUUGCCCUUUCCACCUAAGCAUGGGGGGGAAGAAAACUCAGGGGCCCGUUAAGAUAAAGAUUUAUAACCUUUAUAAUGUUCUUCACCGCCGACACCUUGGGAUUUUUGUUUUGGUCUGAGUGGGGAUGUGUGAGUGGAGUGGAUGCGACAGACUGUCCCGUGUCUGCUGCCGCCUCCGGCGUCGUGUCCUGAGAGGCCAGCGCUGCACCCGGCUGGGUAGGUACCCCUCACCGAAGAGUGUGUGCGCUUCCGCAAAAGCCAUAGGAGGAGCAGCAGCAAUUGCUUGAAUUAAGACUCUCUACCGCCAACCUGGCUCUGCCCUUGACAGUGGGGAGCGGUCGGUAAUGACCGGCGAGCUUGGACCGGCUCAUGUCCCUGCAGCUCUGGGUCCUUCUGUGAUACCUUGCCGGCAGUCUCUUGGUGUUCAACCGCAUCAGUUCAUACUAGCUCGGUUUUUUCCUAGGUUUUUAACCUCCCUACGUGAACCUAACAUUAUACUACAAUCUAUUUUCUCAGGCUAUCAGCAAGUAUAAGAACCUAAUUUUUCUAAAAAUCUGUAUAAAGGAAAGGGCAGUACCGAUGGGUUUGCUUCUGCCUUAUUUUUACCUUGACCUGAGCUAUCCCCACAGAUUUAAACUGUUUGCUCUCCCAUUACCUUCACUUUCCCCCCUUCCUCCUCUCCACGCCCCACUCCUCGCCAGAGCCACAAAUGCAAACCUUCUACCUCCUACCUACUCUUCUCUGGGACAAGGAAUAGCUUUUCUAGAGCCAGCUCAUCAUCAAGGUGCCAAAACCACUUUCCAAACAAACUACGGCCUGGAUCUGAUGGUACAAAUGUCGGGAAACCCUGGAGAGAGUGAAGAACAAGGCAUUAGCGAGCUGAAUGGAUUAAAGGAGGAGUCAGUGCUCACAGAUGAGUAGGGCAUUGAUGUAGUAUUUAAUAAAACAUUCUGGGAAGAUAACGGUAAGCUUCCCUGUACUCUUGGAGGAAUCCUCCGGUCCUUGAGGAGGUAGUGGAAUGGCCAGUCAGUGGGUGGGAGAUGUGAUGGGUACCACUCCCUCCAAGUCGCAGUUCAAUUUCUCUUCAGAACUUAUUACCUCCCCCAAUUCUAAUACAUUUAGAGGGAGGUAGAAGGAAGCACUGUGGCUUGAUCUCCCUCUCCCUGCAUGUCAGUAUUUACGAACCCGCGUCACUGUCCAGUGGCUGUACAAACAACCCCUAUAGUGUAAGAACAGUUUCAGGAUACUAGAGGUGGAUAUUUGAGUCCUCAUUUACAUGGACACUACAUGGCAAGCUGAGAUCCAUGAUGCAUGGUGGUUUUUAUUAGUGAUUGUGUCUGAAGCCCUUAAUCUCCAACAGUGUAUUAUGUCUGUUACCUUCCAUGUUUGCUUCCGAUAAAUGGGAAUUUAGGUUCACUGCCACCUUAUGGAAUAGCUCUCUGCUUGCCCUUCUGAGUUAUUUUCAAUGCCAUUAGCCAAAGUUGGGUUUGCCAUCCAUCUCCUCGGCAUGGUGACCCUUGUGCGAUUCCCUGCUGUCCGCCAUACUGUUUAGGUGUCCGGGGAAAUCAAUCUUACACAAUUAAUACAAAACGUCUCUGGAGAAUGGGAGACGUUAGGAGAGAAGAUAGGAAACAAAACAGAGAACUUUAAGAUUUUUUUCUUUCCAAACCAAAUGUUGUUCACGUAGGAUGCAAAAUGAUGGCACGUCAUAAAAAUAAGGAUGUGUAAACUGUAGUUGUGCUCAGUUUGUAGUGUUGGAAAAUGUAUUUUACUUUGAUCAAAUAAAUAAUGCUGGAAUAUUCAACCUAA